AUGAAUAUGUUGGAUGAUGAAGAUGACCAAAGCUUCCACGCUACGCGUGACGGCUACUCCCAUUUGAGCGAUGUCGAAUGGGAUGCGGUUGAACGGAUGGGUUCGACCAUGGGCAUCCAUGCUGUUAGCGUCAUGCUAGAGGCUCUCAAUAGAGAUGCCCAACAUGCUACUAUCGCCAAGUUCAUUCAAAAUGAACUUGACGCAGAACGCGAGAAAGUAGCCUUGCUUCACCAACAAGGUUCUCAACAAGCGGAGUUGUUGAGAGAACAGGGUGCUCAACAGUUUGAACUGUUGAGACAGCAGCAGGCUGCUGCUGGUGGGUCGAUGCACUCGCGUCGACCCGAAACCUUGAAGAUUGACAUCUCCAAGUAUAGGGGGGUCGAAGAAGACUCCCUCUUGAGAUGGUUCGUCGAAAUUGGAUGA